GGGACUACUCGGUGGAUCGUGGAGGGUGCCUUGGAGUGGAUAAGCACGAAGCUCAUCAGAGUGUGGAUUUGGUUUGAAGGUUGUGGUUUGGUUGAUUGGCUGAGGAGGAGGGGCGGGCAGGUCGUAGCAGGUGAGGGGGAGGGGGGUGUUUGUGAUGGAGGGGGCUGCAGGAGAAGCAGACACAUGGGAAGCAGCGAUGGACGGCGGCGUUGGGCAGGCGAGAAGAGGAGGAGAGGCGGGAGGAGAAGAGCUGAGAGGAGAAGAAGAGGUGGGAGGAGGGCAGGCUGGCCACACUGAACAAGGGAAUGUUAUGAUGGAGGAAAGGGCAGAGGGAAGUCCCUCGCCUGCCUGGGAAGGUACUGCCGUGGAGCAAGAAAGAGAGCAAAUGGAGCGAAUCCGUCAGUUGGAUAUGGAGGAGCUACAGGUGGAAGAGGCGAGUUCGGAGUCCAGUGAAGGGGUCUCGGAGAGUGAUCAUCUAUUGGGUAGUUUUGCGGGGGGAAGUGGUGGCAGCAUAGAAGAUGGGUACGAAGCUGGAUCAGGUGCGGCGGUGACAUUCGACAUGACUCUGCCGACGCUGCAUACGUAUCUUGGAGAGGUCGACGAUGUCGCUGCCGGUGGGCGUGCAUAUGCCGAAGGUGGUGCUUUGUUGACACUCCCAGUGUUCUACUACGAAGGAAUCGUUCUAUUUCCGGGGGAACGGAUGCCUCUGAUCAUUCAGCCGCGUCACAAGGCGGCGGUGGAGCGCGCACUUGCAUCACAAGAGUCAGAAGGAGCACACACCAUUGGCAUUGUACAUGUUAGAAGAGGUCUUUCCCCGUCAAGAGUGAUGACUAUGGUCGGUACCACUGCUGAGAUCCGUCAGCUUCGGUAUCUUGAAGAUGGCUCUUUGAGGCUUGUAACGAAAGGGAGGCAGAGAUUUCAACCGCGUCGUGUUUGGGCAGAGCCUGGCGGUGUGUAUGUUGCACAGGUGCAGAUCAUCAAUGACGAUGUGCCGCCCAAACUACCGUCUGCAGCGUUUGGCCGUCUUGCAGCUGUCCCACAGAUACAUAGCGGCAAGUUUAAGAGAUUUCGGAGCCCAACAAUAUCUGAUCAAGGAGUACAGAAGAGUCGAGGAGUAUUUGGGGCGAUCUCCCAAAAUGAUAGUAAAAGGGUUAGAGCUGGAGAUAGCAGUAGAGGAGGGACAAGCUUGUCUGCGAGCAGUAGUGGAAGACUUGGAAAUGGUUGGCACUACUUGAGGAGGGAGGAAGGGUUAGAUGCUGGGCACGGUGAUGAUGAUGGUGGUGAUGAUGAUGUUGGUGAUGGUGGUGAUGAUGAUGAUGAGGAGGAGGACGACGAAGCAGAAGCAGAAGCAGAAGCAGAAGCAGCAGCAGCAGCAGCAGAAGAAGAAGAAGAGAGAAACCAGAGGAGGCAGAGUGGAAGUUUGACAGUCGGUAGGUCGACCAUCGCCACAGAGGAUGCAGGUAGUGAGGAGGAGGAGGAGGAAGGGGGAGUUGGUCCUAGUAGACGUAGAGUGGGAGAUGAUGGCGAUGGUGCCACAACUGCACUUCCUGAUGAAGAGAGGAGGACUUGGCGGCGCUUAUGGUGGCAAUCCGGUGGGAUGGGUCGGAGAGAACUGGUGGGAAGGGAGGGAGGUAUUGAUAGGCUUGGGGGGAUGAUGAGGCAGGGUUUUCGUUUGUUUGGGGGGUUUGGUUGGGGGCGAGUAGGGCACAGGAGAGCGGGUGCUGGCCGAUGGGACUAUAUCGGCGAGGAAGAUGGUGGGGGUCUAACAAGCCGGAGGCGUUCGGGUGGGGUAUCAAGAAGUGGCAGAGAGGAGGAAAGUGCAGGACGUGCUGCGGUUAGGUGGGCGGCGAGCGAGGCAUGGAAGCUUGAUGCUCGCAAGAAUCGGCUGCGCCCGCAGCUGUCCGCGUGGCCGUAUUGGGUUUACCGACUCCAUGAUGCAUAUGACCUUGCACGGCGGGCAGCUGACAUGUUGUCUGAGUUGUUUACGGUCAAUGUGGCAGACGAACUGAUCGCGAACCCAGAGGCAUGUUCAUUUUUUGUGGCAAAGAACUUGCCUUUGCAGGACUCUAUACGGCAGGAGUUGCUGGAAAUGGAUGGGGCCGUGAAACGACUCUGGCGAGAGAUUCGCAUCAUGGAAGGUUUGGACUUGAUGAAAUGCAGGCAAUGCCGUGCGGUUAUUGCCCGCAAGAAUGAUGUCUUCGUCAUGUCAACGGAAGGCCCAAUCAGUACGUUUGUUAAUGCUCACGGGUGUGUUCAUGAGACAAUGACACUCCAGAGAGCGACUGGUCUCGAGUUGGAGGGCGAGCCAGAAACAGAGAAUAGCUGGUUUCCUGGGUACGCAUGGACUAUAGCACACUGUGCGAGAUGUCGAACACAUAUGGGCUGGCGCUUCACUGCAGUGCAGCAAGGACUUCUGCCAAAGUUCUUCUGGGGAAUACGAAGAUCGCAACUCGAGAAUGCUACGAGAGGGGAGGCUUGUUAGUUGCUGGCCGGCAGCAGAGGGGGAGGUACGUUGGCAAUUAGUGGGUGGGAAUGAAACCAUUUGGGCCUGGCCAUCCAUGUAUAGGGAAGAUGUCUGAUGACCAUCAUGGCCGUAACAGCCAAUCCUAAGUGCUUUUCCUUUGCAGAAAGAAUAUGUACAGAAGUGCACGUGGGUGUGUGUGUGUGUGUGUGUGCACGCGUGAUGGUUCACUGGAGGGGAGAUAGAGGGUGGGGAGAGGAAGUGGGGGUGGAGGAAGGUUCACAGAAGAUGUUUGUUGAUUGGAAGUUGGAGCUAUGACAGCUGUCAGUGAAGAAGAUGUGGGCUGCCUGUUAAGCCUGCAGCCUAUCUAGUGAAAGAUAUGUGAUAGAGUGAAGAUGAUGUGCUAGAUACCGAUACAUAGUAGGAGGCCAUUUGUAGCGUUCUGUAUGUGUAGUAGGAGAAUAAGGAUUGAGCGCUGCUGUCUAAUAAUUGUAGUAGUUCAAGAGAAGCUCUCUGUCUCUGUCUGUGUCUGUUUCUCUCUCUCUCUCUCUCUCUCUCUCUCUCUCUCUCUCUCUCUCUCUCUCUGUCCGUUUGUGUUUUCGUUUUUGUUUUGUUUUCAUAUUAUGUCUUUGUAUUUUAACUUUUGUAUGCUGAUGUUUCUUGGAAGACAAGCUGGAUCAACUCGUAAGGACAGAAACAAUAGCUUUGCGUCCCUUUCUAAGCCGGAUGGAGCUUUGUGAUACGGAGUCUCAACGAGUGCCCAUGGAGGCUAGAAGUGGAUGUAGGGAAGAUUGGUGGCACAUAGUCGUAGGCCUAGAAGAAAGGAUGGCAUGGUCUGGAGGGAGCACUCGGCACUCUGUGAAGAAUGAUGGGUUCAGAGGAAAACGAUUUGUUUUCUCGUCCCAUCAGUGACAGAAGCUGCACAGGUCGCCGUGCCGGAAAGUGAUGCAUACAAACAGAAGGGACGGACUUUAGCAGCAGUGGUCCUGUAUCAUCUUGUGCAAAAAAAUCAGCCAGCCAGGUGGGAUGGCUGGGGCUUAAACCACCGACCAGUACAUGGCCCUAGGCAACUGGAGAACCUGUUUAGAGUCUCUCCGAAAAUUUCGGAGGCUGAGCGCUGUAGAUAAAAUGAAUCGGCGGCGGGUGGCCGCUGAAAGGGGCCCGCGGGUGAUAGCUGGCAUGGACUGGUGCGUUAACACUGAACGCGCUGCAGUCUCGAAUGUGUGAGCAUUUUGGAUGUUAAGAGUGUUAGAGUGUAGCAUGAGAAAUGAAGCUGUUAGAGCCUA